CAAAAAGUGUUUGUUUUUUGAACCUCGAAAACUGCUGUCGUCGUCGAAAGAAUUUCAAUAACCUUGCUCCUUUUGUGUGUUAUAAGCAAAGAAUUCUCCGAAAUGGAAGGCGAACAAAUACAACCAAGUGAGAGCGAAACGCUUACGGAAAAUCUUACUGUACCGGCACGACCAAUAACGCCGACACUUCGUGUGGAAGAAUUAAAAGAAGACGAAAGAGUGAGAACAACAAGUGGAAGCGACGUUCAGAAUAGCUCCCUUACAGGUAGUGAGGGAGAGGAGCAAACUGCUGCUGACUUUGUAGUCCCAGAAGAAGACUUGCUUCAACGAAUUAUUCAGCAGGUCGAGUUCUACUUUUCAAACGAGAGUAUACUCAAAGAUGCUUUUUUGUUGAAACACGUGCGUCGCAACAAACAAGGCUAUGUGAGCAUUAAAUUAAUCACGUCUUUUAAACGGGUCAAAGGCUUGACCAAAGACUACAGAGUAGUUGCUUAUGCAUUAAAACAAUCUGAUAAGUUGGAAGUGAACCCGGAAAACACCAAAGUUAGACGUCUUGAAGCCUUGCCAGACUAUGACGAAACCACACCAUCGAGAUCAAUUGUUGCUAUAAAUAUUCCAUUAGAUAAUCCUCAAGUUGGCGGUGUUGGUGAUCUAUUUAAAGAUUGUGGAGAAGUGACCCUUGUUCGCCUAUUGAAGGUCGGUAAGCCAUAUCCACCGGAAGUAAAAAAGUAUGUAUCGAAAUAUCCGGAUUUGGCAGACAAGCCUUGUGCAAUAAUCGAAUUCGAAAAACACGAAUGUGCGCAGAAGGCUGUCGAGCUGUUUAACAACACUACUGAUUUCCAAGGUAUGAAAGUUCAUGUACUCGCCACCAACAAGAAGAAAGGUGGGGAUGAUGAAGAGAAAAAGAAAAAAUUGACAAAGAAAAAAACCAAAGUUGGAGAAUUAGUAGCCAACAUGGGAGGAGGAGGUGAUUCAAGUUCUGAAACUGAUAACCUGGAAUAUUAUUCAAGAAAUAGGAACCCUAAUGGGGGUGCAAUAAAAAAAGACCAUCUUAGUCCCGCUAUCUCGCCGAAAUCUUCGCCACGUUCCAGUCCCGGACCAAGCCCAAGAAGUUCACCAAUGUUUAGACGCCGAAGUAAUCCUGUGCCUUCCCCUCUAGCUGCAAGUCCGGUCUUUAGUCCAAACGCGAGUCCUAGAAUGCAGAGAGGCGAAUUAGGAGUCUCUUGGAGGAAAAAACAGGAUAACAAAGGAAAUCAGAACUUUCAAAUGUCGCCAAGGACCAGCCCUCGUAUGGCCAGACGAAUCUUAGAUGGCGGAAUUAUAAGACAACCAAAAGGACCAGAUAAUACUGUUCAAGGAUUCUAUGGAGGAAAAGGAAGAGGAACUGUCGUGGCAACUAAUUAA